UGUAAAGACGAGUUUGUGAAAUUUCAUCAGUGUUUAAUAGCUAACUCAUUGAAGCAUCGAAUCAAAAUAUAGUCUUGAUGUAAACAUUUUUUUUAAAAAUACUGAUAGUUUAGUUUAAAUAAUAUGCAUUUUCUGUGGCAUAUAGUUUUUGGUUUUUUGAUAAGAACAUUAUUAAUUGUUUUUGCUCAGUGGUAUGAUAGAGACGAUAAUGGUGUACAUUAUACUGACAUUGAUUACAAAGUUUUUACUGAUGCAGCUCAACAUAUGUGGUAUGGCGAAUCUCCUUAUAUGAGACCAACUUACAGGUAUACACCUCUAAUAGCUGCACUUUUAAUGCCUAAUAUAUUUUUACAUCCCUGUUGGGGAAAGUUAUUGUUUUCUGUAUUUGAUUUAGCCAUCGUUACUGUUAUACGCCAAAUAGUAUCAAAGUCACAUUCUAAAUAUAAAAAUUAUUGCGCAUAUCUUUGGCUGUACAAUCCUCUAAGUAUUAUCAUAUCAACUCGUGGGAACGCAGACUCGAUAUCCUGUUUUUUGGUUCUUGUGACGUUAUUAGCACAUAUUGAAGAGAAUUAUGUCAUUUCUGCAGUACUUUUUGCACUGUCUGUACAUGUACGCAUGUAUCCCAUUAUAUUUGGGCUCUCAUUUUAUUUAUCAAUUGAGAAUGGGGCCACAUCAACUUCCCGCUUUCAAGUAGUCUAUAAUAGCUUGUUCCCAUCAAAAAAGAGAAUUCUGUUUGCAAUAGUAUUUAUUGUAUCAGUAAUUUUAAUAACCUGGCCUUGUUAUUUUCUGUAUGGUCAACAAUUUUUGGAUGACUCGUAUUUGUAUCAUAUACGUCGGUUGGAUGUACGUCAUAACUUUUCUGUAUAUUUUUAUUUGAAUUACUUAUUAUCAAGUUCUGAUCAAGUACAAAUCUUAUACAGUUUAUUGACCAAAAUAAGUCCUUUAAUAUUGAUAAUAGCUAUAUCAUUUAAAUUUGGUCAAAUUGAAGAUUUACCAUUCUGUCAAUUUUGUCUAUGUUUUGUUAUGGUCACCUACAAUACAGUUGUAACUUCACAAUACUUUAUUUGGUUUGUUUCAUUUAUGCCUGUAUUUUUUCUUCAUUUGAACUUUACAGCUGUUGAAUGUUUUAAUAUCAUAUUAGUUUGGGUAAUGCCUCAAGUUGGAUGGCUUGCAUUUGCUUAUUUGUUAGAGUUUAUGGGUAUAAAUACAUUUUACUUACUUUGGGUUCAAUCAUUAAUGUUCUUCAUCAAUAAUAUUAUUAUUGUAUCACUGGCUAUUGUACGUUAUAAGUGUAAUAAAAUAAAAAAAAUAUUGUAAAUUUACACUUAUUGUUCAUAAAUAAAAUGUAUGUUAUGUAUUUGUAAAA